CUUUAGCAGUGCAUAGAUUAUACGCUUAUACAUACAUUAAACACUUAAUAUGUCAAGUUUAUAAGCUAUGGUUUGGUGGAUGGUUGACGUUGAAUAAAGUGUAAAUUAACAUAUAUCUGUAUUUCUAAGCUACAUUCAACUACAUUGUAUAUUUGUAUAUUGUAUACUAAGCUAAAGUUGUGGUUUUCGCGUACCGUAUUAUUUUUACGUUUAUGUACACCGAUAUUCGCUUUGGUGAAUUCUUUAACGAUGUCUUUGUGGAUAAAAGAAAACUGUGUAUCAUUUUUCCAACUAUUUUGUAUCAAAGUAAUAAAGACCGGCCGAGUACCCCAACACAUAGCAUUCAUAAUGGAUGGAAACAGACGUUACGCGAAAAAAAAUAGUGUCGACAAGAGUACUGGUCAUCAUAAAGGUUUUGACAAGCUUUCUGAAACCUUAAAGUGGUGCCUUGAUUUAGGAAUACCUGAGGUAACUGUUUAUGCAUUCAGCAUAGAAAACUUUAAGAGAAGCAAAGAAGAAGUUGAUGCACUUAUGGAAUUGGCUCGAGAAAAAUUCCAAAAUCUCUUGGAUGAAAUUGAUCAAAUUGAUGAGUGGGGUGUACGAGUACAUGUGGCUGGGCGACUCUCAUUGUUACCGGAGCACUUGAGAAGUUUAGUUUCGAAGGUCAUGCUCGCAACCAAAGAUAACAACAGGCUUUGUUUGAACAUUGCUUAUGCCUACACAGGUCGUGAUGAAAUAAGCAGAGCAGCUUCACGUAUAAUUGACGGAGUCAAAGAAAAUAAAAUUUCUCCAGAAAAUAUAGAUGAAGAACUGAUUUCUCAAUCACUGGAUCUUGGAGAGCCUGAAUUGCUUGUUAGAACAUCAGGAGAAGUUAGGCUAUCCGAUUUUAUGCUUUGGCAGAUUUCGAAUACCGUUCUCUAUUUCACGGAUGUAUUGUGGCCAGAAUUCACGAUUUGGAAUCUAUUGGCGGCCAUUAUACAUUUUCAGAGAAAUGCACCUCCAAUAAAAGCGGAAGACACCAAUGAAACGGCGCACGAAAAGAAGGAAUUUUUGAAAUAUUUAGAGCAAAGAAGAGCUCAAGAACUAACAAAAUAUAUUAGUUGAUGUUCCGUAUUAAUACUAUGAAGUAUAUCAAACGGAACGCUUCAACUAUUUAACGUGAAUACAAUAGGCGUUAAUCACAUAGUGAUUAAUGCUACUUUGCAUCUUAAUGAUAGUAUGGUGUAUUUUUCUAAAAAGGUUAACUUUACUUCCAUAUAUUGUUGUAUAGCAGUUAAACCCAAUGUGGGCCGAAAUAAUUUUGUUUUUUUGUAUUCUAUUACAUAGUCAAACAAACAAAAUUAAGAGACUAUGUAUGUUAUGAAUAAAUAUAUACCUAAUAUAAAUAAAUUAUUAUCAAACAGUUAAUUUAUAGUUACUUGCUUUUUGUAUUGUGUUUUUAUUCCUAAGAUUUAGGUUUGGUUUUAAUUAGCAUAAUAAAUAUAAUAAAAUAUCGCAUUUAUGUGGUUGUGAAAAA